AUGCACUGGCCGCCCGUAUUCCGGACACUAUCCACGCCCUUGUCCUCACCUCUAAAUCUGACCCUUUUUUUGUUUCUCUUUCUCAAGUAUACUUAUAGCAGCACAAGGCAAGAAAUGGCGCAGGUUCAGGGCACCAACGACGAACGCUUUGCGGAGCUUCGAAAGAUCUUCCAGGAGCACCUCGACUCUGGCGAUGACCUCGGCGCCUCCAUCACAGUCAACCUCGACGGCAAGAACGUCGUGGACCUCUGGGGCGGCUACACCAGCAGCGAGCGCACCCAGCCGUGGCAGGAGGACACCAUUGUCAACGUCUGGUCGUCGAGCAAGACCAUCAUCUCCUUUGCCAUUCUCAUGCUCGUGGACCGCGGCCUGCUCGACGUCCACGAAAACGUGGCCAAGUACUGGCCCGAGUUUGCCGCCAACGGCAAGGAGAACAUCAAGGUCCGGCACCUGCUCUCACACACGUCCGGCCUCAGCGGCUGGGAGCAGCCGCUCACGCGCGAGGACCUGUACGACCGCGAAAAGGCGACGCGGCUGCUCGCCGCGCAGGCGCCGUGGUGGGAGCCCGGCACCGCCUCGGGCUACCACAGCCUCACCAUGGGCUUCCUCCUCGGCGAGCUGGUGGUGCGUGUCGCCGGCAAGACGAUGCGGCAGUUCAUCGCCGACGAGAUUGCCGGCCCGCUCAAGGUCGACUUCCAGCUCGGCGCGGCCGAAAAGGACUGGCCGCGCGUGGCGACGCUCGAAACGGGCGGCCAGGGCGACAUGGUGAUGCCGCCUGGCGCCCCGGAGCUCACCACCAAGUCGCUCCUCAACCCGACGCCCAACGGCAACAACGCCGGCACCGAGGGCUGGCGCCGCGCCGAGAUUGGCGCCGCCAACGGCCACAGCAACUCGCGCGCGCUGGCCAAGAUCAUGUCGGCGAUUGCGCUCGGCGGCGAGGUGGACGGCGUGCGGCUGCUGUCGCCCGAGACUAUUGACCUCAUCUUCGAGGAGCAGUCGCACGGCGUCGACAUGGUCAUCCACCGCAACGUGCAGUUUGGCAUCGGAUACGGCAUCUGCACGGCCGGCGACUCGGCCGUCAACGAGAUCCUGCCCAGGGGCCGCGUCUGCUACUGGAGCGGCUGGGGCGGCUCCAUGGUCGCGGCCGACACCGAGCGCCGGCUGACCUUUUCGUACACGAUGAACAAGAUGUGGAUCAACGCGGGCACCCUGGGCAACCCAAACACCCUCGCGUACGGCCGGGCCGUGUACGCGGCGCUGGGCGUCAAUGUGGGCACGCAGGACGGGCCGGCGAGCGGUUGA